CUCUCAAGCUAAGACUAAGCAGAAGUGUCUGGGAUGCAGUAUACGAAGCAGAAGACGUAGAUGACAAAGUCUCAAGUUUCAAUGGAGUUAUUAGUCAAGCUCUAGACGGAUGUAUGCCUCUGAAAUCCAUACGCCUACAUCCCACGGAUAAACCUUGGAUGACUCCGAACAUUAAAGCAAAGAUUAAGCUUAGACAACGGGCUUUUACUCGUGGCAACAUGCCCCAGUAUAAUCUGCUAAGUGCACAAGUAGAAGAUAUGAUUAGGAAAGCCAAAUCAAAUUACUAUCAAAAUAAAGCUAAAACAUUCCGCACAUCUGACCCUGCGAAAUGGUACAAAGCAAUUUAUAAUCUGUCCGGAGUAAGUAGUCAGCAUGAAGGCCUAACAGUAAACUCCAUGGGUAGCGAGGCCGCUUUAAUAGCAGAAAAAAUUCAAAUAUCCUUUACUGAACCAUGGAAAGCCCUAAUUAUUACAACAAGUAUUCUCCAACUAGAUGAAGUUGAGUCACUUCUCAAAAACUAUCCUCCCCCUCUACCUAGUAUUGGCCAGAUUAAGAGCGUCCUAAAUCACCUUAACCACUCGAAAGCAAUGGGAGCCGAUG